AUGGGCCAACUGGCCAAGAAGUUGGAAGAGAAAUUUGACAAGGGUUUUGGAGCCAAUACAGAGGCUAACCCAAAGGAAGAGUGUAAAGUUAUCACCACUAGAAGUGGUAAGGUGUUAGUUGAAAAAGAGAGGGAGGACAGAGAAAAGAAAGCUGAGGAAGUGGAGAGAGAUGCCAUCAUUCAAAAGCUUCUUCCACCGAAGUUUAAAGACCCUGGUAGUUUUACUAUCCCAUGCACCAUUGGGACGUUAGCUAUUGGGAAGGCUUUGAUAGAUUUGGGAGCAAGCAUCAACUUAAUGCCUCUCUCUAUGUUCAAGAAGAUUGGAGAGUUGGAAUUGAAGCCUAGUUGUAUGACUCUCCAACUAGCUUACAGGUCCAUUAAAUACCCUCAUGGAGUGGUGAAAGACGUGUUAGUCAAGGUUGACAAAUUUCUCUUCCCGGUGGAUUUUGUCAUAAUGGAAAUGGAGGAGGAUAUUGACGUUCCUCUCAUCCUUGGGAGACCCUUCAUGAAAAUCGCAAGAGUGUUAAUUGAUGUUGAUAAUGGGAAACUCAAGGUGAGAGUGCAAAAUGAAGAAGUUGACUUCAAUGUUUUUGAAGCUAUGUCCCAUCCAAAUGAUGAUGAAGAGUGUUUUCAACUUGAUGCUUUGGAUGAGGAAAUCCCUCCUCAUGAAGUGAAGAUUGAAGAUUUAGAUGCUAAGGAGAAAGUCAAAGAAGGCGAGAUUGAGUUAAAAAUGUUAUCCUCACAUUUGAAAUAUGUAUUUCUAGAAGAGGGUGGUAACAAACUUGUCAUCAUCAACAAUUCUUUAUCCUCCACAAAAGAAGAAAAAUUGAUUGAAGUUCUCAAGGCUAAGUAG